AUGACCGAGGUUGCAGACUGGACACAUCUCGCCCAAAUCGAUCCCGAGUUCGAAAAACUCCUCCAGACGCUCCCUGCCCCACCAUCCAUCUCCGACACUGUCCGCGAUGGCAUUCCCGCACUGCGCACCCGCCUCGCGGCCGUGAAGCGCGACAUGAACGCCAAACUCCUGGGCGACGCGCACCUCGACGAGAUAUCCAUCCUCGACACCGCCGUGGCAGCCCGUGAUGGGUACCAGAUCCCCGUGCGCAUCUACAAGCCUAUCAGCGCCACCCACUCCCCUCCUCCCAUUUCGCCAAAUGACGGCAGCGGCGGAGGCCACCCCCUUGUUAUCCUUCUCCACGGCGGCGGCUUCUGCCUUGGCGGGCUCGAUAACGAGGAGUUGCUGUCGCGGAAGCUGGCGGCGGCGUUGAAAUGUGUUGUUGUCAACGUCGACUACCGGCUCGCGCCCGAGCAUCCCUUCCCAGCUGCCGUGAACGAUGCAUGGGAUGUUGUCAAAUGGGCCGCCACCACUCCCAACGAUCCCCUCUCCACCGCCGAUCCAACCGCCGGAUUCAUCGUCGGCGGCGUCUCUGCCGGCGCCAACCUCUCCGCCGUCGUCGGCACACUGGCGCGGGACUUGCCCCUCUCGCCGCCACUGACAGGACUCCUCCUCUCGGUUCCGCCGGUGUUGAACGCCUACGACCCGCCAGCCGCGCACGCUGGCUCGCUUCGCUCCUUUGAGCAAAACGCCGCGGCGCCUGUACUGGACCGCGCCGCCGUCGACGCCUUCUUCGAUGCCUACGCGCCCGACCGCGACUCCCCGCUCUUCAACUUGUACAGCGAACGACAGCCGCCGGUCGUCAGUCGUGCGGGGCUGCCCCCCGUCUACGUGCAAGUCUGCGGGCUGGAUCCGCUGAGGGACGAGGCACUGUUGUUUGAGCAUGAGUUGAGGACCGAGCAUGGGACGCCGACGAAGCUGCAGCUCUACCCGGGCUUGCCGCACAGCUUCUGGAGCUUCUUCCCGCAGCUUCAAGCGAGCAAGAAAUGGAUCCGAGACACCCUGGAGGGCGUGGAAUGGCUUUUGGAUACUGGAAGGAAAGAGACCUCGUGA